UGCGUCAUCACGCUUGACCUUGUCUUCUUCUCUUGGUUUUUCCCACAGCUACAGACGCAGAGGACAGCAGCAUGGCGACUCCAGACCCAGAAAACUUCAUGAAGCAGAUGGGGCAGAUGGCAGGCCGGAUGUCAUCCGGACCGAAGGGUUUAGGGAUCGGACUGAAGCUGCUGAUCGGCGCUGGAGCUCUGGCUUAUGGAGUGAGGGAGGCCACGUUCACAGUUGAAGGAGGGCAGAGAGCGAUCAUCUUCAACCGGGUCGGGGGCAUGCAGAUGGACACGGUCCUCUCUGAAGGACUGCACUUCAGGAUCCCCUGGAUCCAGUACCCCAUCAUCUACGACAUCAGAGCCCGCCCCCGGAAGAUCUCCUCGCUCACAGGAAGCAAAGAUCUGCAGAUGGUGAACAUCUCUCUGCGCGUGCUCUCGCGGCCGCUGGCCUCCAACCUGCCGAUCCUCUACCAGCAGCUCGGACAGGACUACGAUGAGAGAGUUCUGCCCUCCAUCGUCAACGAGGUGCUGAAGAGCGUCGUGGCAAAGUUCAACGCCUCGCAGCUCAUCACUCAGAGAGCACAG